UACCGGGCGGAGGUAGCUGAUAGAAAACGCGGUGGGUGCCGCCUUGUUUUGUUAUUAGUGUUUUUUUUGUAAAAGGGAAUAAUAUUUCUCAGCACGCUUUGAAUGCUGUAUGUCUUGUAUCUGUGGUGAACCAUCUUCAUAUUUCAUAUUUCCUGUUCUUAAGUGGAUACAGAUUUAGGUGGAAAAGGAAUCUACCUGUGCUCAUCUAGUUAGAAAGGUACUGACCAAGCAAUAAUGGCAGGACAUGAUUCUGGAACACAACACCAAUUUACCGGAUUUAAGAAAUACUUCAAUAGCUAUACAACAAUAGGCAGAAGAAAUUAUGUGCUACUUACAUAUGGAGGCAUUCUAAUGAUCAUCCUGGGAUUUAAAAUGAGGAAACCUAAGAAGGAAAUUUCACAAAAAUAAGUUCUUGUCGUUGGACCUUCUCUGUUGUAUUGCUGUCUGUGAGUUGCAGAAGCUGAUGCAUAGUUCAGUAAAUCAUGAAAAAUGACUAAAUUUGCCUUUAGUAUCAGUCAAUGAAUGAAAACUCUCCAAAUUUCUGGUGUAUAUUAUUAAUUUAAAAAGCCCUCUCAAUCAUGAGGGUACAGUUUUAGGCAUUGCAAUAAACCAUCUGCUCCAGAAUAAAAAAAGUGACUGUUGUUAACAUGAAA